GUGUGUGUGUGUGAAUGUGAGGGAGAGAGGGAGAGUACUCCCAGUGCAGUCUGAUCAGUGUUUCAGUCUCCCUCUUGCUAUGUGGAUUACAGCUCCCACUGCUUACUGGAUUGCUAUUACUGGAAACUUGUAUUGGACAAACAGAGGGGAUUUCUACUGGAGUGUUUGACAGCAGGGACUUUAAUACAGGUGCUAGCUGGACUUCUGCAGUUAAUUCAGACUGUUGUACCCAAGUAUGGAGAUAAACGGUCGUGUCCUGCCGCCUUCAAUACCUGAGGAUGGAGAAGCCCCGGACCAUGUUCAUCAUGGGGAGAUGAAUGGGUACCACCAGAGGCUUCAGGGCGGUGAUGGGGGAGAGGCUGAGGUGCCAGUGUCCAAGUCCCAGAGACGAAAGAGUGAUGUCAAAGUCUAUAAGGAGUUUUGUGAUUUUUAUGCUCGCUUCAACAUGGCCAACGCUCUGGCCAACGCCAUGUGUGAGCGCUGCAAGAGUGGCUUUGCCCCAGCGGAGAAGAUAGUGAACAGCAACGGGGAACUUUACCAUGAGCAGUGCUUUGUGUGCGCCCAGUGUUUCCAACAGUUCCCAGAGGGACUCUUCUAUGAGUUUGAAGGCAGGAAAUACUGCGAACAUGACUUUCAGAUGCUGUUCGCUCCCUGCUGCCACCAAUGUGGGGAGUUCAUCAUUGGCCGUGUGAUCAAGGCCAUGAACAACAGUUGGCAUCCAGACUGUUUCUGCUGUGAUAUCUGCCAGGCUGUGCUUGCUGAUGUUGGAUUUGUUAAGAAUGCUGGAAGGCACCUGUGUCGUCCAUGUCACAACAGAGAAAAAGCUCGGGGCCUUGGCAAGUACAUCUGUCAGAAGUGUCACGCCAUUAUUGAGGAGCAGCCUCUCCUGUUCAAGAAUGACCCAUACCACCCUGAUCACUUCAACUGCAACAACUGCGGUAAGGAGCUGACAGCUGAUGCAAGGGAGCUAAAGGGGGAGCUCUACUGUCUGCCCUGCCAUGACAAGAUGGGCGUCCCCAUCUGCGGAGCCUGUAGGAGACCCAUCGAGGGCCGUGUGGUUAAUGCCAUGGGCAAGCAGUGGCACGUGGAGCAUUUUGUGUGUGCUAAGUGUGAGAAACCCUUCCUGGGACACCGUCACUACGAGCGCAAAGGCCUGGCCUACUGUGAAACACACUAUAACCAGCUGUUCGGAGAUGUUUGCUACCACUGCAACCGUGUCAUUGAAGGAGAUGUGGUGUCUGCCCUCAACAAGGCUUGGUGUGUCAACUGUUUCGCCUGCUCGACCUGCAACACCAAGCUCACCCUCAAGAACAAGUUUGUGGAGUUUGAUAUGAAGCCCGUGUGUAAGAAAUGCUACGAGAAAUUCCCUCUGGAGCUGAAGAAGAGACUGAAGAAGCUGUCUGAAACAGUCGCCCGGAAGUAAACACACAGCGGAGCAGCUGGAGAGAGGGAGAAAUAGAUUGGAGGUUGCCACGCAAGUCGCAUUUCCAGAGUUGACAAUCGUAUAAAAUAGGAUUUUUGUGUUUUAUAUAAUUGGUUAGUUAUUUCAGAGGAAAACUCUACUUUAUGUCCUUUUAGCUACAGAGAAUUAUUGAAUGAGCCUGAAACUGACCGUCAGGCAAAUGGUUGGUCAGUCAGUCAGUCAGUCAGCAGGUUCAGUACCAACCUCUUCAGUGCCUUUAGCUCAUAUACUGCACUCUAUAUAUCUCACAUGCUUGCCUUAUUUCAAUGUAUCUACUAAACCUUAAUAUAGAUGACAAUGAUGGUGGUCCUGUAUUUCAAAAUGACACAUGAGCUUUAAGAGAACAUCGAAAUGUUAGAUUGGAAAAAAUGCGUGUUGACAGACCGUUCAACUGCUCCUCAACUGCUCCUCAACUGCUGGAUCUGACUCAUGUUACUGACCCUCUUGGAUAAAAAUGGAGUAAACCCAAAGAAAGUUCUGUGGAAUUUGUAUAUAGUAUCUCCAAUAUUCACUGUUUUUCAUCAACAUGUAUUAUUUUAUGUAUGUGUAUUUUCUUUAAUAUUAUGCAAAGUAAGUGUGUUUUUAGCUCUAUGAAGUUAGAAUUGUGUUUUGCAUCUACAGUUUAUGACAACAUACCAUCACCUCCUUAAUGCUACAGCGAUGGGUGCAACCAUCACCUGCAGUAUGUUGGAUUGCCUUCUUAUGUGCUAUGCAUUUAAUGUGUGAAACAAUCUCUAUGUAAAGUGGUAUUUACAGUGAGUUACAAGGUUAUUAGGUUCACUUUUACAAUCUCAUAUAAUCCAAAUAACAGCCCUGAAAUAUAUCCAAAGCUCAUGCUUUUCAGUUUUUGUUUGAUCUCAUUUACAGUAAAUACAUCAUAGCGACGGGAUAUUGUGAUGCAGUCCAACUACGGCUUUAAAAAUUACUAUGUAGGUGAAGCAACGCCUCUGCUCUGACUCGCUGUCAACAAAUACUGAACAUAAUGAGCUUCACCAUAACAGGAUUUAUUGCAUGGCAACUGGUCACUCUGUGUGUCUUGCAGCACGAUGGCUUGCAGCAUAUGCUGAGACCGGAUGUUGGAGUAAUGUUAGAUGUUAGAGAACAUGUGUUUCUGCUGUUUGUAAUCCAGAGAAAGUGAUCCUCUUAGAGAGGUGUACCGACUUCCUCAGGGCUCAGACCCUCUUAGGAAAGAAAGCCAACUGUUGUGAACAGGAAGGAAUAGUUUCACUUGAGCAGUAUUUUAUCACAAAAGGCUUAUAUUUGCAUAGUUUAUUAGAAGAACACAUUCCACUGUUUUAUGAAAAUACAAAGCCUGUGUUGCUGGGAAUUUCCCCACCUGUGCCGCAACAUUUCUCGUAUGUCAUGUAAAAGUAGAAACUAGCCACUGAACUUCAGCUCCCCUAAAAAUAGUCCAGUGGAUACUUUUAUUUGAUAUGGUACUACCUGGGCGACUGAGAUGACUUCACACAGACAGAUACUGCUACUUAUACUGUAUUUUAUCUUCACAAUGCUUGUCAAGAGACAAUAUUUAUUCAUCUAAACACACCAAAGUGCAUGUUUUAAACUUGAAUGGAAAACCAUUUUUCAUUUUAUCUAAAGUCAUUCUGUAAAUUCACCUAAAUAAACAUGUAUAACAACA